AUGGCGUGGCUGGGGCUACCCCUGCUCUCCGUGAUCCAUCCCUCCCCUGUGGCGGGCAGAGCCGCGGGCACGUGCUGGAGCCCGUGCUGCCUGCGGGACCGCACUUUGGUGGUGACUGUGAAGAAACAGAAGCAGUCAGCAGCAAGCGAUAUUGACGAGGCUUCCUCGGACCCAGGAGAAUUGGUGUUCCACCGCUGCCUGCGCCUCCAAGUGUCUCAAGCUGCUUCUCAGAUGGGCACCCUGAAUCCGCGGCUCUGCUGCGGAGCCUGCGCGUGGGCAGACACCCACCCGCAGCGAGACCGCUGCAAGCCCUCGCGUGGUUUCGCCCCAGCUGUGUCUGUCGGCAGCGCGUGCGGCGGCUCCAGACCGGAAGCCUCGCACCUCAGCCCCGCAAACCCGCCCUCCGGGCUCGCACACGCUGCCACGUUUGUUUCGCUCUCCUGGCACGUGAGCACGGCGGGUGCACGUUUGCACGCAGAGGUGUUUGCGGGUUUGUGUGUUCCCAGCCUGCAGCUGUUCUGCGUAGGGGCUGAGAGUCAGCCUGGGGAGCGGGAGGAGGAGAAGCGCUCGCAGGAGAGCGUUUUCCAGGCAGCCUGUCCCCCUACGUCCAUCCUGCCAGUGCCACAGCCGGGAAGAACAAAACCCUGGGGCUGCAAGCUGGCUCCUGCCAGGGUCUCCCCUGCCCGGCUGCUGGGUGAUGCGGGUGGCCGCAAGCUGGACCGUGCUGUGCCGGUCUCCACCGUGGAGCCGCAGCAUGGAGAGAACGAGCUGAAGCUGUGGAACAAGUACAGAGUCUCCAACAUUCCUUCCCUGAUAUUUAUCGAUGCCUCCACCGGGAAGGUGGUUUGCAGGAACGGCCUCUUGGUAAUCCGAGAUGACCCAGAAGGUCUGGAGUUUCCCUGGGGGCCAAAACCCUUCAGUGAAGUUGUUGCUGGGCCCCUGCUAAGGAACAACGGCCAGACGCUAGACAGCAAUGCCCUGGAGGGCUCGCACGUUGGGGUCUAUUUCUCCGCGCACUGGUGCCCGCCGUGCCGAAGCCUCACGAGGGUGCUGGUGGAGUCCUACCGAAAAAUCAAGGAGGCGGGCCAGAAGUUUGAGAUACUCUUCGUCAGUGCAGACAGGUCAGAGGACUCCUUCAAGCAGUAUUUCAGCGAGAUGCCCUGGGUAGCUGUGCCCUACGCCGACGAGGCCAGACGGUCGCGCCUGAAUCGACUCUAUGGCAUACAAGGCAUCCCGACUCUCAUCGUCCUGGACCCCAAGGGAGAGGUGAUCACGCGGCAGGGGCGGGGGGGGGGGGUGAACGACAUCGAGUGCCGCGAGUUCCCCUGGCACCCCAAGCCUGUGCUGGAGCUGACAGACUCCAACGCUGUGCAGCUGAAUGAGGGCCCCUGCCUCGUCCUCUUUGUAGAUUCAGAGGAUGACGGAGAGUCAGAGGCAGCGAAACAACUGAUUCAGCCCAUAGCUGAAAAAAUCAUUGCCAAGUACAAAGCCAAAGAGGAGGAGGCACCAUUGCUCUUCUUUGUGGCGGGCGAGGAUGACAUGACCGACUCCCUGCGGGAUUACACCAACCUGCCCGAGGCUGCGCCCCUGCUCACCAUCCUGGACAUGUCGGCCCGGGCCAAGUACGUGAUGGAUGUGGAAGAGAUCACGCCCGAGAUCGUGGAAGCCUUUGUCAGCGACUUUCUAGCAGACAAGCUAAAACCCGAGCCCAUCUAAGGGGGCUUCUGCACCAACAGACGUUAUUUAAAACUAGGUCUCUCUUCCGCCGCUCGUGGAUUCUCCAGCGUGUCCUCACGCCUGACCCAGUAUCCAACCUUCUUGUGGUGCCUUGUUUUACGCAGUGAAUCCUUCUCCUAAGCAAACUCCUUGAGAUGCACUUUCAGCAGGGAGUCGUUGGCAUUUGGAGACUUCGCUUGUGCUUCAUGGCGAUAUAUUCUCUAGUAACCAGACCAGAACUGUUACUGUAUCAUUAUUUUAUACAUGGCACUAGCUAGCAAGCAAAUCUUUUUUGCAUGGUGUUCUUCCCAACACGUGCAUCAGGCAGUGGAUGGGGUUCUCGGGGCUCUUUUCUUCUCCUUCUCCCCCUUCUUUCCUUUCCUACCGCCCCUGCUGACUAAGUGACAUUAAGGAAGCAAUAAGGAGACUGUCCCCUUCGCCCCUGGCCCAUCCUCCUUUCCACCGAUGAGUACCAGUGCCCUGACGAGGCCAAGACAAAGUCUUAACUGCUGACAACCUCUGACA